AUGGCGGACAACUCAACCGAUACAGCUGCGCUACCCAAUCCCUUCACGCCCAUGGCAUUCUUGCCGCCCGACAUCGCUUUCGACAUGACUAUUGGGAUUUAUAUAAUGGUUGGGACGGUGGGGGCCCUAGUAUGGGAAACUCUCAACAACAUGCGCCUCGACUAUCAUCUCCUCACGAGAUAUAGACUUACGCUCGCGACGUUCGUCUAUGUCAUUUCGAGAAUCGCCACCAUGGUUUUUCUCGUUGGGACCACGGUCGUCAUGACGGCUCCGAUCGGGGCUUGUCGUGCAACACAGAGAGUCAUCGCCGCCUUCUAUCCAAUCGCGAUGGGAACCACGGCCUUGCUGUUCUGGUUCCGUGCCCGCGCCUUGUAUAUCGACAAGAAAUGGGUCGUCGCUUUCCUCUUUUUGACGUGGUUGAUGGCUGCUGGAGGGACCAUCACGCCCAUGAGGGAGAUAGCGCACACAACGCUAGGGCCCACAAAAUACUGCAUUAGCCCGGAGCCGAAGGCCUACAUUUCAAUUGCGCUCUGGACAUGCUUUGCGAAUGACUUCAUCGUCUUCGCUGCUAUCACCUGGCGGUUGAUGCAUAACCAUACGGCUGAGGCGACGAUUAAGAAUAAUUUGAAGGCGAUGCUUCUCGGCCACUACCUCCCAUCUCUGUCGAGGGCGCUAUUGCAGGAUGGGCAGGUAUACAUCCUUAGCACCGUCGGCGUCAACCUACUUACUGGCAUCUGCUUCUACAAUUAUUCCAUCCCAGCCGUCUACAGGUCCAUCUUCGGGAUGCCGAACGUCAUGAUCAUGAACGUGAUGGCCUGCCGCAUAUAUAGGGACACGAAACUCGGCCUCAUGCGCCCGUUGAACCCAUCGUCAUCGACCAGGCUCAGCCAAUCUACGCUCACAAACGUAACUCGCCCAAUUGCGUUCGGGCACGCUGCAGAGGCGAUGGACAAUGAAUCGCAAGGAGGGAUCUGGAUGAGUGAUGUCGGGCUAGUAGAUCGGAAGAAAGGGGAGAAUAAGGAGCACGAGAAAUCGCGUUUGGAUAAUGACAAUAUCGUUUGA